ACCUAACCCUAACCAACCGUACGAAACAAAGAACCGGGUGCGAUUUCGGUCCAGAUAAGAGACCGACUCUACCACUUGCAGAUUCCCCAUGGCAGAGGAGGAGAAGGUACAGGCGGAGGAGAAGGACCUCAUCGAGAUCCUGGAGCCGUCUUCCGGCCCGAUCGACCUGGCCAGGUACGUUGACUACGUGCGCGACCCGGCGGCGGGGGCCAUCGCCACCUUCGAGGGCACGACGCGCGACACCUUCGAGGGGAAGCGCGUGGUGGAGCUCCGGUACGAGGCGUACGUGCCGAUGGCGGCGCGGCGGCUGGCGGCCGUGUGCGCGGAGGCCCGCGCGGCCUGGCCGGUCCUCCGCGUGGCGGUGGCGCACCGCCUGGGGACGGUGGGCGUGGGGGAGGCGAGCGUGUUCGUGGCGGCGUCAGCGGUGCACCGGGCGGAGGCGAUGGAGGCGUGCCGCUACGUCAUCGACGAGGUGAAGGCGUCGGUGCCGAUAUGGAAGAAGGAGGUGUACGAGAACGGGGAGGUGUGGAAGGAGAACCGGGAGUUCUUGGAGAGGAGGGAGGCGGCCGUCGGCCCGGUCCCGGAGCGGAAGAAGGCGGCGUGCUGCUGCGGGAGCAAGGUGAGGGUGGAUGAGGCAGCAACGGAUGGCAAGAUAUCAGCCGUUUGAUGUGGAUUCAACGGCAGGCGGUGAACACAUCGGGCUCGUUUUGAGUUGGCUUUCAUCAUUUUAAUGAUUUGUCAAUCAAAUAAAAUCCCUUCUCGUCUCUGUAAACACAGCGAGUCUGCCUUUGAAAUCAACAAUAGAUGUUAUGAA